AUGCUUGACAGAGUCUGUGAGGUCAAAGACAACAAAUGGUGCAUUUUGGGGGAUUUUUUAGCCCUGCAGACCCGGAGCGGUAUCUCCAUCAUCAACGGAAACUGGGUGAUUGACAGACCUGGCACUUACUUUGCUCUUGGAACGCAGAUGAUCUACAAACGGCCAAAUGAGAUCCGUUCUCGGAGUGGAGAGUCCAUCGCUGCACCGGGACCUUUGACCGACGACCUGCAUCUUUAUGUGAGAUGCAAAACUACAAAUAUCUCUGACAUGCAGCUUCUAAGUGUUCCUGGAUUUUGUUGCAAAUUAGUCAAAUUUGGCACAACAGGGUUGAAGCUUAAGUCCAAUCAUGUACAUAAGAUUCAGACAAAAAAUAACAUUUAUCUGUUUGGUCAUUUCAUUUAUUGGAUGGUGACCUACAGUUUGACAUUUGCUUUUCCUCUUUGUUUGGCGGUCAGCUGGGACAUUGGGGAGUGGUCAGAAUGCAGCAGGAAGUGCGGGCCCGGCAGUCAGCUGCGGCAGGUGAUUUGCCGCCAGGUGACCCGAGUUCAUGCCAACAGGACAGAGACUGCUGUCGCCGUGGCGCCGGAGAGGUGCAGCUCGUCUGAAAGGCCGGCGACACAGUCCACGUGCCAGCUGAAGAUCUGCAGUCAGUGGGAGAUCCGGUCUGACUGGAGCCCUUGCUCAGUGCCAUGUGGAGUGGGCCAGCGCAGCAGGGAGGUGGUGUGUGUCGGCAAUCAUGGGCUUGUGGAUGAAGAGCACGAGUGCAACAUGAGCCUAAAGCCAGACUUCCUACAAAACUGUGAUAUGGGAGUCUGUGCAAAAAGCUGGUUCACCUCUCUCUGGAGCCAGCGGGUAAGAAAGUUGUGCUUGAAGAAAGUGUGUGUUGAUGGAGGCACCACCCAAAGGUGUCUGAAUUCCCUCAGUGUUCUGCAGAGUGUGGCAGAGGAAAUAAAACCAGAUCGGUCGUGUGUCUCAUCGAUCGUGGGACUGACCUCCCGCUGGAUGGCUGUGAAGGGGACCCCCCCAGAUGUGACAUCAUGUGAUGCUGGCCCCUGUCAAAAUCAGCUUGAGUGGUACACAGGGCCUUGGAGCCAGGUAACUCUCAUGGUGACACUCAAAGUUGAACAAAACUCCUCAGCUUCACUUCUGUCCAUGUGUGGUGUAAGUGUUCUGCAGAAUGUGGAGAUGGCACACAGACCCGCAGUGCGCUUUGCAUUCUCACCAACAACGCUCAACAGGAGGUUGUGGAUCAGAUCAGAUGUUCCAGUCUGUCUAAGCCAAUCACAUCGCAGCCAUGCAUGCUCCCGCUCCUGCAACAGCGGCUACCGGGUGCGUGAAGUCCGCUGUCUGACUGACGACAUUGUUCCAAGUGAUGACUGUCAACCAACUUUAAUUCCUGAGAGUCAGGAGGAGUGCAACAAACAGCCAUGUCUGACUGAAACCAAUCCACUUUGCAGCGACCAGUUCCAUAACUGUGUGUUGGUGGUCCAGGCUCGCCUCUGCGUCUACCCGUACUACAGAAGAGUUUGCUGCUCUUCCUGCUCUCGCACCCAGAGGACGUACCCCAUGUCCAUGCAAAGGAGCCGCAUUCAUCGGUGAUGCCUUUCCUAGAAGGACAUGUCCCAUGUCAUAAGAGAAGUCUUAAAAGAACAAAAAUACCAGUAUUUAUCUAAGGACUAUAAACUGUGUAUGAAUAGUAUCUUAUUUUAAAAUGUGAAAUUGUAUGUAAAAUUCUCGUUGUUUUUUUUUUCUUUUAUCUCCUUCUGGGUAUAUUUGAUAUUUAGUAUUUAUGGAAAUAAUAUAUACAGUUUGUAGUUUCUCAACUGUCUGAGAUUUUUCAUUUUGUCAUCACAUUUUAGAUUUUUGUUCAGACCCUCUAAAGAACUUUGUUUUCUAAUGUUUUUUGUUUGUUUGUUUUGUGACAAAAAACACCAUACAGAAUCACUAAACCCAUUUAAGAAUUUUGAUUUUGUUGAUUAACUGUAGAGCUGGUCAUAAAAAGAAAAAAGGUGAAUCG